AUGACCACGGACUCUCGUGAUCCCUCCGGCCAGGCGCCCGCGAAUGGGACGGUCUCGCGCGCCCGUGAUUACUUCUCGGUCCCUGCUCCCAUCAAGCGCUUUUUCGACCAUUUCCCCCUUGUCACCUAUCCUCCCAAUGACCUUCCUCAGCGCGCCUUGUCUUCUCGACGCGGCAAUCGAUUGUUUGUCUUCACAGAUGCGGCGGGGGCCCGCCAUGGAAGUCCAUCCUUCAACCCGCAAUGUUUGAAGUGGCAGGCCUACUUGAGAUUCGUCGGCAUCGAGUUUGACAUCGUCCCUUCCAACAACCAUGCAUCUCCAACCGGUUCCCUCCCUUUCCUCCACCCCGCGCUCCCUAUCGGCACCAACGCCCCCAUCCCCUCCCACAAGCUCCAGAAAUGGGCCAUUGAACAGGUCCACUGCGAAGAGGAGCAGCAACUGAACCUGCGCUUCGAGGUAUAUGCGUCGUUACUCGACCAUCGGAUACGGAAUGCCUGGCUAUAUGCACUGUAUCUAGAUGAUGAGAAUUUUGGCGCUGUAGCCCGGAGGCUCUACGUGGAUGCGACGACUACCAACCCCCUCGUCCGAGCCGCUCUGGCGUUCGAACUGCGACAAGCGGCGCAGACGGAGCUUCGGAAGACAUCGCAAUAUGUCGAUGCCAGCGCAUUGGAAGCCGAAGCGGGCGAGGCCUUUGAGGCUCUGUCGACGCUACUUGGGGAUGACCAACAUUUCUUCGCCCGGCCCAACCCGGGCCUAUUCGACGCCAGCGUUUUCGCAUACACACACCUCAUUCUGGAUGACAAGAUGGGGUGGAAACAGAACAGGCUGGGCCAGUUGCUGAAGCAGCAUACCAACCUCGUACAACAUCGGGAGCGGCUGCUGAGCUUCUUCUAG